AUGGUCAAAAGCUACAACAAGAAAGGGUUCGGCUUCAUCAUGUGCACUGGCAACUCUGAUAUUCAGGAUCUGUACUUUACCCGAGAGAACGUCAGCUCCAGGUUACUGCAUCCCGACAUGCCUGGAGAAAGGGUGACCUUCGAGAUCGGCUACGAGGGUCGCCGAAUGGUUGCCAGGAACGUUCGGCCGUUCGGAGAGGACAAACACACCCAAGCGGCGAUGAUGGCUAACAGCCAUAGAGCAAGAUAUGAAAGAGGAUACGACGAAGAGGACACAAGCCGAGAUUGGAACUGUCCGUCCUGCAACGAGAGAAACUUCUUGAAGCGCAAUGUGUGCUUCAAGUGCCAAACACCGAAGCCGAUAGUGGAAGAUCCUCCGGGUGGCCCAGCAGCUGCUGCUGCUGCAGCUGUGCCGCCUCGACGCACGCUGUCCCCACAUGCUGGGGCUCGGGCCAUCAGAGAGGCUCUAGCUGGGGGACGUGGAGCUACGGUGGAGAAGCAGGGCGGCAGCGACGAGAGUAGCAGCCCGUCCAGCGCCAAGAAAAAAAAUGAUAAGAAGCACAAAAAGAGGAAGAAAAGCAGCUCUGAAAGCUCAUCUAGCAGCCGCGCCAAGAAGAAGGCCAAGAGGUCGCACAAAAAGCAAAAGCACAAGAAGCACGGAUCAUCAUCCAGUGGGGACUCGGUGAAGAGCAGCAAAUCAAGGUCCAGCAGCAGCGGCUGUGUCAUGGAGGAGCCUGCGCAUCAGCCGGCGCAGCCUGCGAGCGACAAUCCAGUGAACCCAGACAUUGACAAGGCGAAGAAAGAGGCGCUGGAGCAGCUUCUGAAGCUCAAGUCCGUGGAGUCAAGGGAGCAGCGAAUGAAAGAGUGGCGAGAGCUGCUCCGGCACUGGCACCCCGACAAGAAUCCACACAGAACGGAGGUGGCCACGGCAGUCUUCCAGUUCUUGCAGAAGGGAAAGCCAAUGCUCGAGGGAGGUUAG